AUGAAUUUCCAUUCUUUAUUCAUAUUUGCAUUGGUAUUUCUGUUGUUACAAGCUUUUUUAAAUUCUUGUAAAGCAGUGGACUGCCAAUCCAAUCAAUCAAAAUCUGCACGUACCAUAGUUGUUGAUCAGUCCGGCCAUGGGCAUUUCACUUCAGUUCAAAGUGCUAUUGAUUCUAUUCCUGAAAUGAACUCUCAGUGGAUACAUAUUCAAAUUUCUUCAGGAAAAUAUAGUGAAAAGGUUACGAUUCCUGUGAAGAAACCGUGCAUUUUUCUUGAAGGAGCUGGGAGCAAGUCGACCAGUAUUGAAUGGGGUGAUCAUCAACUCACAAGCUCCAGUGCUACUUUUACUUCCUAUCCUGAUAACAUCGUAGCUAAAGGCAUUACGUUCAAGGUAAAAUCUUCUAAACUCGGUAUAUGA